GGACGCUUCCGGUGCUGAUGUGGCCGGAACCCGGCGGCGCAUCGGAGCGGUGAGUCUCGCCCGGGGUCGCCGCUUCUCUCCGCCUCAAAUCUCCCCCUUCAAGGCUGUGGGCUCAGGAGCAGCUGCCGGGGCCGCACCGGUUGGACUCCGGCCUGCUUCGCCCUGGAAGAGCUCGGGGCGCCCUGCCGGCCUGGGGACCCAGAGGGCGCUGCAGGCCGAGAGAGACCCAACCGGUGCGGCAUCGGCCUCCCGACCUGCAGAAACACUAACGGCCAAAGCAGCUGAGUGCCCACCAAGGAAGAAACCAACGGGCACCUCAGCAGCCUAUCGGAGACCCCGGCGGCUUGCAAGCCGUGACUCCUUUUUUCUCUGGACCUUCUGUGCUCCUUUUAUGCUCCAGCCGACCGCCUCUUUUUCCCCCUGUGCCGCUGGUUGCCUGGAGGGUGAAGAUGCUCAGCCGUUUGUCGGGGCUGGCCAGCACUGUCCUGCACGAACUCUCAGGGGAAGGGGAAGAUGCCGGGACGGCACCGUCAGCCGCCGGACCGGAGUUUGAAUCCAGCCAGCAGAACGGGGAGGAGACCCCAGAAGACGUGCUGGAGCGGCUGGCCCAGAUGGAGAAGCUGGUGGCGCAGCUGAAGACCCUGGUGCGGGAGAAGGACACUCAGCUCCAUCAGAAGGAGGCUAUGCUUCAGGAGGAGAGGCAGGCGGCUGAUGCGAAACUGCUGAAGCUGAAGCUGCAGGCAAAAGUGAAGGUGGCCAACCUGAACAAGCGCAUCGAGGAGCUGACGGCCCAGGGAGGGGCAGCGCCUACCGAAGGACAUACGGAAGGGCCCCCGCCUCCUGUCCAGGGUGACCAUGGCCGAAGCAACAGGACGGUGGACGAGACGGGCGUACUCAGGAGGCAGCUUCAGGAGCAGGAAGAAACGGUGACGGAACUCCGAGGGCAGCUGGAGGAAGCGACGGGAAAACUCGGAGAUGCCCAGGCCCAGAUCAGCUCCCUUCAAAGGGAAGUGCUGGAGAAAGAGUCACUCCGCGAAGAACAGGCUCUCCAGCAUCAGGCAGAAAUCCACCAGGUGGAGGCCUGGUCGGCCCGCGAAGCAGAAAUGCAGCAGAAUCUGAGGCAGCUGCAGCGAAAGGUGGAGGAACAGGAGGAGGCUUUGCUGGGCCGGACACAAGUGAUCGAAUUGCUGCAGCAGGAACUGAACAGCUCUCAGGAAGAAAAGCAGAAACUCCUGGAGAAGUUGCGAAAAACAGAGUCAGAGCUGGACACCUCUAGAAGCACUCUGACUUCUGCCCAGGAAGAAUCCCGAAACCUGGUCAAGAGGCUGGAGCUGGAGCUGGCCGAGCAGAAGACGGCUUUCCAGCGGAGCCAGGAGGAGGUCCAAGAGCUGAGCCAAGAGCUGGCCCGGGCGGCAGCGGCCCAGGCUAAGCGAGAGCAGGAGAGGCAGGCCGAGGAGGCCAGGCACGCCCUGGAGGUGGCCGAGAAGAACCAGGAGAUGGUCGAGCUCCAGAAAGCAGAGCAGGACCUCCAUGCCAGUUACGAGGCUGUCCAAGAGGAGAACGCCCGGCUGCGGCAGAAAGCGGAUGUGCCACCGGAGAGCCCGCCUGACGACGCUUCUGCCAUGCAAGGCGAGACCCCCGAAAGACCCCUGGAGCUCGGCUUGUCUCAGCCAGAAGUGGAAACAGCUGCUGUCCCGUCUCCUCCCCUGAACCAGUCCAGCGCAGGCCGGACCCUGGAGGAGCCCCUGCCGGCCCAACCGGACGGACAGCCUGAUCUGCAGGAAUCGUUUGCUGAGGGGAAGCAGCGCGAUCUGUCCAUCCUGCUUCUGGAGCUACAGGAGGCCCAGGAAGAGAUCGCUUUCCUCAAGGGGCAGCUUCCCCUCUCCAGCAGCCUGGAGGCCGAAGCAGGAUGUCCCCAGGGGAGCGACGGCGAGAGAGAGGGAGAAGGGGCCGUGGCCAUCCAGAGUGACUCGAGCAGCAGCUCCCUGGUCACUGUAGACAUCCAGGACUCUCCUUCUGUCCUGGGGCUGCUUUUGGGACCAGAGGAGAAUGAAACAACUCAGGGACCAUCUCCAGACUCUGAGCUGCAGUUGCAGAAGAUAGCCAGAUUGGAGCUGGAAGUCGCUGAACUGCAAAGAAAGCAGCAGGAAGCCGUGGAAACCCACCAGAGAAUCUUGGAGAAGAAAAGCACAGAAAUUGCCCAGCUUCAAGAACAAGUGGAGGGCACAGCCAGGGCUGCGGAGACCCUGGACGCAGAGCAGGACCAGCUCUUGUCCCGCCUGAAGGAACUCUGCUUCCUCGCAGAGCUGAAAGCUCAGCCAGAAAGCAGCCCUGCUCAUCCAGAGCUGCAGCCGCAGCUUCCCAACUACGAAACUGGAAUCUCUCACCUGGGUUUGUUGAAGGAACAGAUUCAGAGCCUGAGGAACGAGGCCCAAUCCAAGGACGUGAAAAUCGUCGCUCUGCAGAAUGACCUGGAUGAAGCCCAGCGUCAAAUCUCGGAGCAAGAGAUGGUGGGGAGGAACCUUCUCAGCCAGCUCCAGAAGGAGCAGCAGAACGCCCAAGCCCUGGCUGUACAGGUCCAGGAGGUUUCCAUGGAGGCCGAAGAGCAAUCCCAGGCCCUGGCCUUGAAGGAGCUGGAAGCCACCAAGCUGGCGGCGCUCCUCUCGGAAAACUCCCUGGAGGUGGAGAGGCUCCAGCAGGAAGUGUUGGAGCGAGAACGGAGGAUGGCCGAAGUCAGCGUGGGCAUGUCCGACCGGAUGGUGCAACUCAACGAGGAGAAGUUCGUGCUGGGGAAAGAGCUGAAGAGCGCGAUGGAGCAGCUGAGCGUCUUGCAGCAAGGGAAGGAGACCAGAGAGCAGGCGGUGGAGACGGAGGACAGCCGGCCGCUGACGGAGGAGUUGCCCACUGGUGAAGUAGCAGAAGUUCUAAGGAAGGAGAACGAACUCAUGAGGAAGAAGCUGCAGGCUGCUCUUCUCAGCAGGAAGGAGCUGCUCGGCAGGGUUCGCCAGCUGGAGCAGGAAGGAAAAGGAGGGGAAGAGCUUCCAGCUGAGAGCCAGGAGCGGGUGGCUCAGGAGAACGAAGGAGUUGGGCAUCCCUCUGAGAGCCAUAGCGGCCAAGGACAUCCCGUAAGGCGGGGCAGGGCUGCCUCCCUGAACCAGCUGCCCUCUGCAAAGGAAGCCACGUCGCAGGUCACCCCUGAGGAAGAAGAAUGCACAUGGCCACGGACCGUGAUUGCAGAGUUACAGCAAAGCCUACAGGAGAAGGACCUUCAGAUCAACGCCCUGCAGGCUGAGCUCAAAGACUGCAAGUUGUCCCCCGAGAAACGGAGUCCGGCGGAUCAGAAUUUGGAGGGGUCCAGCUCAGAAGACUCUGGGGCGGGAGGGUCAAGCAGCAACGCUGACUUUGGCCCGGAAGGAGGAAAUAAGACCUUCCAAGAAGAGUUCUCGGCGCUGGUCCAGGAGAAAGAAGAGCUCCAGAAGAAGCUGCAGGAAGCUUUGGUCUCGCGGAAGGAGACCAUCAAGAAAGCCAAGGAGAAGGAACGUCAUUAUCGCGAGCUGCUAAAGCAGCAGAAGGAUGACUACAAGUUGCUACAAGAGCAGUUUGAGCAGGAAAGCAGGGAGAAGGAGAAUCUGCAGGACCAGCUCCAGACGUUCUCCAAGGCCCUGGAGAGCUCCCCUCCUCAGAAAUCUGCUGGAGAUGUUUCUUCUGAAGGUCCAGCAUUAGGGCUUGUACAGGAGUUUGGCCAGGAGGUCAUUGAAGGACGCGCUUCCUUGGCAACCGAAGACUCAGUUGUGGGCCAGCUGAAGGCCGACUUUGAGAAGCUUCAGGCGGAGAAGAGAGAACUGGAAGCCCACCUCACGCGUCUGGAAGGUGAACUGGACGUCAAGUCUGAGAAGGCUCAACUCCUCCAGGAAAAGGUUGAGCAACUUCUUGCCGAAGUGGAGAUGGCCAAAGCUGCCUGCAGUCAGGCAGAAGCCAGCAUGGAAAGCCUGAAGCUGGAGUUGCAGGAGAGCCAGGAAGAAAUCGCCAGGCAGGAGAAGCUGAGAUGCCACCAAGAGGAGAAAGAACUCCACAGCAGAGAAGAAAUCCAAGGCCUUCACUCCCAGUUAGCAGAUAAAAACGAGUCCCUGGGUGGCCUCCAAGCAGAGUUGCAAGAGAAGGAGAACAGGAUCCAAGCUUUGCAGGGACAGUUGGACCAAGCCCAGCAGCUGCAGGCCGAGCUGCAGGUGAAAUCGGCAGAGACCCAAUCCAUAGCCCAGCUCCAGAGAAAGCUGCAGGCAGCCCUCAUCUCCAGGAAGGAAGCCCUGAAAGAGAGCAAGAGGCUGAAGGACGAGUUGUCCGGCACCAAGGCCGCUCUGGAAAGCACCGCUCUCCAUCUCCAAGAGGUAGAGCUUCAGGCGUCUGAGCUGAACAAGGAGAAGGGGGUCCUGUUGGAGAGACUGGCGACCCUCAAGGAGGAACGGGACAAACUCAUUUCCGCGGUGGACAACGCCUUGGUGGAAAACCAGAACGUGACUGGUUCCUGCGAGAGUCUGAAGUUGGCGCUGGAAGGGGUGACUCGGGAGAAGACAAGACUGGAGGAGGAAAUGGACUCGCUGAAGGAGAGUCAGGCCCAGGAGCUCUCUGAGUGGCGGAGGAAACACGAGGAGCUGCAGAAGGAGUACGAGACGCUCCUGCAGUCGUAUGAGAACAUCAGUGAUGAGGCCGAGCGGAUCCAGCGGGUGAUGGAGAGCGUCCGGCAGGAGAAGCAGGACCUCUUCCUCAGACUAAAAGAGGUGGAAGCCGAGAAGAAGGAAGGGGAAGAUCGCCUGCAGGGAGCCGAACAGGAGAUGGAAGGCAUGAGGGAGAAGAUGAGGAAGUUUGCCAAGUCCAAGCAACAGAAGAUCAUGGAACUGGAGGAAGAGAACGAGCAGCUGAGAUUGGAAAUCCAUCCCGGGGAUGGUAGACAGGGUGGGACCAGUUCUGCUCUUCGAGAAGAGCUGGAGACCUCCAAGAAGCAUUGCCAGGCUCUUUCUGACGAGAUGAAAGCGCUGGUCGCCGAAAAGGACCUCUUGAAGCAGGAAAUCCAAGACUUGAGGCAGACUAUGCAAAACAAGGAAGAUCAGAGCGGCACCCAAGAGGAGAUGGUGGCCAGAAGCAAGGUAGCCAGUUCCACCAUGAUGUCAUCUUCAGAGGAGGUGGCUGAGGAAGGAGGAGAUCCAGACACGGGUUCUGAAGUUCUCACCACCGUCACUCCAAGCCUUCAGGACAAGAAGGAAGAGCUUAGCACAGCUGGCUCCUUGUGUGAUGAAAGAGUUGGGGAUAGUCAACAAGUAGCAGAGCUCCAGGAACAAAUAGCGGCACUAGAAGAUAAGAGGAAGAUGGCGGUAGAGGAAAUGAAUAAGACCCAUGGGGAUUUGGAGGUCCUGAAGGAAGAGAAGAGCCACCUGGAGGACUUACUGGCUGUGAAAGGCCAGGAAUUGGAAGCUCUCCAAGAAAAGGUCAUCAAGAUGGAGGAAGCUUGUGGGCAAACCAAGGAACAGCUGGCUGAGGCACUGACGUUGAAAGAAGCUUUGGAAACCGAGAAGGAUGACCUUGAAGAGAGGCUGAUGAACCAGUUGGCCGAGUUGAACGGGAGCAUUGGGAACUACCAGCAGGACAUGGCCAACCUGGAGAGCAAGAACCAGCAGCUCUUCAGUGAGGUGGAAGAUCUUCAGGGGGCCCUGAGCCGCCUGGAAGACGAGAAGCGGCAUCUGUUGAGGGAGAAGCUUGAUGUGGAAGCCGAGAAGAAAGAGAACGUGGAAAAAGUCAAGAGCGCCUGGAAGGAAGACAACGGCCGGGCUCAGACUAGAGAACUUCAGGAAUUGUUGAAAGAGAAACAGCAAGAAGUGAGGCAGCUGCAGAGAGAUUGCAUUAAAAGCCAGGAGAAGAUCAGUGGCUUGGAGAGAACUAUCAAGGCCCUGGAGUUCGUCCAGAGUGAGUCCAAGAAAGAGCUGGAGACCGCCAAGAAGGGCAUGGUGGAGGCAGAGGAGAAGACCAAGAAAGUCCAGGCUGAGUUGGCUUCCUGCAGGGUCUUGCUGGACGAUACUCAGAGCGAAGCUGCCCGAGUCGUGGCGGAGAGCCUGAAGGUGAAAGAGGAGCUUCAGGCCACCCAGGCUAAGGUCAGAAGUCAGCUGAGUCAAAAAGAGAAGGAGCUGGAGAGACACAUGGAACAGGAGAAGGCCAAGCACCUGAAGGAGAUCAGAAACAUGGACGAGAGGUUGGAGGCCUUGCGGAAAAAGCAGGUGUUUGCGGAGGAGUCGGCACGAGACCUCCAGGUGUCCCUGCGCCAAAAGGACCAAGAAGCCAAACAGCUUCAGGGCAGCCUGAACCACACCUUAGCUCAGCUGGCAGCCUUCACCAGAAGCAUGUCCUCCCUGCAGGACGACAGGGACCGGGUGAUAGACGAGUCCAGGCAGUGGGAGAAGAAGUUCAGUGAGGCCAUUGAGAAGAAGGAGCAGGAACUCUCUGCCCGAGAAGAGGCCUGCGCUGCCUUGCAAGACCAGGCCAAGAAGAUGGCUCUCCAGGUGGAAGACCUCCAAGGCCUCGUGGCCAGCUUGGAACGCAGCCAGUCGGCCCAAGAGAUUCAUGCCCAGGAGGAGCUCCAGCAUCAUCGAGAAGAGGUCGGGUUGCUCCAGGAGGAGAAGCAUAGACUUGGACUUCAACUGGAAGAGGUCCAGCGGUUACUGAGCCACUCCCAGAGCCAGGUUCUCCAGCAAGGAGGAGAACUUGGCUCUCUGAGACAGCACCUUGCCGAUCUGCAGGCCUCCUUCGAAGACUGCGACCGGGGACGUCUUGAGAGGUCAGAGACGGUGAAGAGCCACGAGGCCAGCCUUCGGGAUUGCAGGUUGAGUCUGGAGCAGCUGGAGGCUGAUCUGCGGGCUUCCAAGGAGCUGACGGAGAGACUCCACAACGAGGUGAGCGACAAGGAGCAGAAGAUCGUUGGCCUUGUGGCUGCCAAGGAAGAGGCCGUAGCCGAAGCCCUCUUAGAAAUCCAAGAGCAGCACAAGGAAGACCUGAAGGAGUUGGAGAACCAGAUGGCCAAGGCUGAAGCUCAGAAGGUGGCCUUGGAGGCUGAUAAGGCAAAAGCUCAGGAGAAAGUGAACGGUCUCAUGGAGAAGUUGAAAAACAUCUACGAAGAGAGCAAGCAGCACAAAGCUCAGCUAGAUUCCUUCACCAAAUCCAUGUCUUCCCUGCAAGAUGACCGGGAUAGAGUCCUGGAAGACUAUCGGCAGCUGGAACAACGUCACCUGGCCGCCAUCUUAGAGAAGGAUCAGCUCAUCCAGGAAGCGGCCUCGGAGAACAAUUCCUUGAAGGAGCAACUUCGGAGCCUCCAUGCUCAGGUAGACGACUUGCACGCAGAGAACGCCAAGUUGGAUGCCGAACUGGUACGGUAUCGCGAAGACCUGAAUCAAGUCAUCUCCAUCAAGGACACUCAGCAGAAGCAGCUGCUGAAAACCCAGAUUGACCGGAUCCAGGCUCUGGAGAAGGAGAAGGUGAGUGUGGAAGGCCAACUGCGAGAGUCUGAACUUAGUUUGGCCAACCUACAACGAAGCGUGGAGGCCCUGCAUCUGGAGAAGCAGAAUCUGGACCAGGAGGUCAAGGCUCUCAAGUCUUCCCUCUCCCAGUUGCAGGAUGAGAUGGUGGUUCUGCGGGAAGGGGGUGCCAUGCUGGAGCUGCAGUUGCAGCUGCAAGAGAAGGUGGAUGAAAUCCAGAGUUUGGGCGGGCAGCUGUCGCUGGCGAAUCAGCAGGUGGCGGGCCUUGAAGAGGAGCUGGCUCGCCUUCAUCAGAGGUUGCAGGACGCAGAAGCCAAGAUGAAGAAAGAGCUCAAGAGCUUCCAUCACGACACUGGACUCCUGCGGAAUGAGACCGAGACAGCCGAGGAACGGGUGGCGGAGCUGGCCAAGGACCUCCUGCAGAUGGAGCAGAACCUCCUUGUGGUCACGGAGGAGAACCAGGAUUUGAAGGCCCAAAUCCAGUCGUUUAAGAAAGCCAUGAGUUCUCUCCAAGACAGUUGGGAUCAGUCUCACGAAGAACGGCGGGCCCUGGAGAAGAAAUAUGCUACAGAGCUGGAAGAGCAGAAGCAGCUGUUCCAAAGCCUCCAUCAGGAGAAGCUCCAUGCUCAGGAGACGCAAGCAACCCUGGAGAAGCAGAGGGACAGCCUGACCUCCGAACUCGCCGCUCUCCGAGACUCAGCGGAAGAGAAGGGCUUCUCGGAGAAGCUGGAGAAACUCAACCAGCAGCUCCAAUCCAAGGACUCGCAGCUUGCUCGCCUCUCGUCGGAGCUGGAAAAGGCCUCUGGCCAAGUGAAGGCCUUCUCCCAGGCCAUGGGCAGCCUGCAGGCUGAGCGAGACCGUCUGCUGAGCGAGCUGGACAAAACCUGCAAGACGGAGGAAGUGAAGCUACAGUCGGCCGCCAACGCGUCUUCCAGCCUUGCCGAAACGUCGAGCCUCAAGAAGGCGCUUUCGUCCCUGCAGAACGACCGAGACCGGUUGCUGGUGGAGCUGAAGAACCUGCAGCAGCAGUACCUCCAGGUUGGGGUGGACACGGCCGAGAUCACCCGCUUGAAGGCCCAGCUCCAGCAGAAGCAGCAGGAGAUGGAACAGCAGCGGGAGCUUUUCCAGGAGAAGCUGAAGCAGGAGAGGACCUCCGUGGAGCUGGAGCUCCAGCAACUCAGGGAAGAAAAGGCAGGCUGGGAGCAGGGCAGGCGGCCGAGUUCACCCAGCACCCAGGUGGCAGAGAAGCAGAGAAAGGAGGGGUCUUCGGGGACGACCAACUCCGGCAGAGACACAUCUGGCCAGAUGGCAUCCAUGGAGGACCUCCAAGUCCAGCUUGGGAACAGCUUGAAGCACCUUCAUCAGAAGGAGCUACGCAUCCAGCAGCUGAACAGCAAGCUCUCACAGGUCUUUGAGGAGAAGAACGCGCUCACCCUCCAACUCCGGGGAAGCAGCCGCAGCCUCCGCGAGAGCCACCAGCAACACAACGAGGCUCUGUCCCGUUGUGCAGCUCUCGAAAAGCAGCUGCAGGAAUGGCAGGGUCCGGCGAAGACCGUGGGACCCCUCCUGACCGAUGCUGCCCCUGGGGCCCCCCAGGAAAAAGACGCGACCAACGCACGGGAGCUGCAGGAACUUCAGACGCAGCUCUCGGAGGCCAAGCACCAGCAAAGCCUGGCUAGGCAGGACCUGACCCAGCUUCAGCAGCUGCUGCAGGAGGAGCAGGAGAGGCGCCUGGCCGCCGAGGAGGCUUGCUCUGCAGCCCAGGAGCAGAUGCGCAGGUUGGAGUCCGAGGAGUAUGCGCAGUCUCUGGAGACCAGCAUUGCCAUGUCUCCCAGCCCUGAACACGCCCUGCUGCUGGGGUCUGCAGAGAGCUCUUUCAGCAAGAUGUGGAAAGCCGUGGUGGGCCACAAUGUGGCUGCAAAGGUGGAGACCGAAGGAGAUGACUGGGACACCGACCCAGAUUUUGUGAAUGACAUUUCGGAGAAGGAGCAGAGGUGGGGGGCGAAGACAAUUGAAGGCUCUGGCCGUGCAGAACACAUCAACAUCCACCAGCUCAGAAGCAAGGUAUCUGAGGAACAUGAAGUUCUCAAGAAGAAGGAGCUGGAGACAGCACCCAAAGCUUCCUAUGGCUACGGGGGCAAGUUCGGAACCGAGAAGGACCGUAUGGACAAGAGUGCCCUGGGCCACGAGUAUGUUGCCGAGGUCGGCAUGCACUCUUCCCAGACGGACGCAGCCAAGGGCUUUGGUGGAAAGUACGGCAUUCAGAAGGACCGAGCAGAUAAGUCUGCGCUUGGGUUUGACUACAAGGGAGAGGUAGAAAUACACACCUCCCAAAAAGACUAUGCUGUUGGGUUUGGCGGGAAGUAUGGCGUGCAGAAGGACCGUCAAGACAAGUCCGCCCUGGGUUGGUCCCACAAGGAAGAAGUCAAGCCCCAUGAAUCUCAAACAGACCAUGCUGUUGGAUUUGGUGGGAAGUAUGGUGUGCAGAAGGACCGCCAAGACAAGUCUGCCUUGGGAUGGGCCCACAAGGAGGAGGUGAAGCCCCAUGAAUCCCAGACAGAUCAUGCCAUUGGAUUUGGUGGGAAGUAUGGCGUGCAGAAGGACCGUCAAGACAAGUCUGCCCUGGGUUGGUCCCACAAGGAAGAAGUCAAGCCCCAUGAAUCCCAGACAGACCACGCUGUUGGAUUUGGUGGGAAAUAUGGUGUGCAGAAGGACCGCCAAGACAAGUCUGCCUUGGGAUGGGCCCAUAAGGAGGAGGUGAAGCCCCAUGAAUCCCAGACAGAUCAUUCUCAAGGCUUUGGAGGCCGUUAUGGGGUGCAGAAAGACAGAGUGGACAAGAGUGCUGCUGGUUUUGGUGAAAUGGAAGCUCCCAUUUCUUCAUAUCAGAAGACAAAACCUGUAGAAGCUGCUUCUGCUGGGAUGGGUAACUUGAGACAACGUUUUGAAAACAUGGCCAAGACUGCAGAGGAAGAGAACAAGAAGAAGGCAGAAGAGGAACGAACCCGUCGCCAGGCCCGGGAACUUCAGGAAACGCAAGAGAAGUCAAAGGGAAUGAAGAAGAAUGACGAGCGAGAUUGGAGCCCUCCAUCGGUGCCUGGACAGACACCCCAAAGGGGCAGCCUGCCCCCUCUGCCUCCCCAACACCAGGAAGAAGAGGAAGAGGAGGAGCCCCCUGUUCUUCCUCCACGGAGCCUGGACUUACAAGGUGACCCCAGAGAGCCUCCUCCUCUCCCACCUUCUGGCCACCAGGAACAGGAGCAGCCCAUCUAUACGGAAAGCAUUGAGGAUGGAGAUAAUUAUGAGGAGGUGGUUGAAAAUGUGGACUACGAGGAACCUCCUCCCUUAGUUGACGACAAAGGGGGGGAUUAUGAAGAAAUGCCGGACCACAAGCACACCUCCAAAGAUGAUGGUGCUGAGGUGGACCAGGACUAUGAGGAACUCUGCAGCGGCCAGCCUGGAGGAAUGACUUCUUCAGGUGUUGAAGAGCACAUAUAUGAUGUGAGUGAAGGAAGCCUCUCUGCUCUGGCCCUCUAUGACUAUCAAGGAGAGGGGGAUGAUGAGAUUUCCUUUGACCCUGGAGAUACCAUCACAUCCAUCGAGCGGGUGGAUGAAGGCUGGUGGCGUGGAUCUUGCCAUGGCAGAGUUGGCCUAUUCCCCGCUAACUAUGUGAAGCUCCUUCCUUGAAGUUCUGCCCUACGGUGGGCACCCACCCCUCGCUUCUCCAGUACCCUUACUUGCUGUGUGACACAACAGACCACAACCCUGCCCCGAGAUAGGGGAAGUGGAGAUGACCUGUCUCCUCUUGCAUGGAACAAUCAGAUGCUUCCCCUUCCUACAGCAAUUGUACAUCACCAGGAUCUGUCCUCAUAAUAUAACAGAUUAACAAAGUUGGAAGGGACCUUAUAGGUCAUCUAGACCAACUCCCCCCCGUCAAUCAGGAGACCCUGCACCAUUUCUGACAAAUGUCAGUCCAAUCUUUUAUUGGAAGUCUCACGUGAUGAAGCUCCCACAACUUCCGGAGACAACUUCUGUUCCACUUGUGGAUUCCUCUCACUGUCAGGAAAUUCCUCCUUAUUUUCAGAUUGCUUCUCUCCUUAUCAGUUUCCAUCCAUUAUUCCUUGUCUGGCCUUUGGGUGCCUUGGAAAAUAGCUUGACCCCCUCCUCUCUGUGGCAGCCCCUCAAAUAUUGGAAGAUGCUCUCAUGUCUCCCCUGGUCCUUCUCUUCACUAGACUAGCCAGGCCCAGUUCCUGCAACCGUUCUUCAUAUGUUUUAUUUUCCAGUCCCCUCAUCAUCCUGGUUCUCUGCACUUUUUCUAGAGUCUCAACAUCUUUUUUAUAGUCUGGUGACCAAAACUGGAUGCAGUACUCUAGGUGCAGUCUUACUAGGGCUUUAUAGAGUGGUAUUAGGACCUCACUUGAUCCUGAUUGUAUCCCUCUGUUAAUGUAAUUUAGGAUUGCAUUGGCUUUUUUGGCUGCCACUGCCCACUGCUGGCUCAUAUUUAGCAGAUUGUCCACUAAGACUCCGAGAUCCCUCUCACAGUCACUGCUAUUAAGCCUGGUGUCAGGGUUCCAAGGAACACCCCCAAUUUUCUUUCUUACUUCUUAAUUGCCACCUGGUUUCCCCCAGUUUAUAUGUAUGCUUUUGGUUUUUCUUACCUAAGUGUAAGACUUUAUUUUUCUCUACAUUGAAUUUCAUUUUGUUAAGAUAGGCCCUAGUGUUCAAGUCUGUCAAGAUCCAUCUGUAUCUUGAGCCUAUCUUCUAGCUAUUCCUGCCAGCUUAGUAUCAUCUGCAAAUUUUAGAGUUCCCCUUCUAUUCCCUCAUCUAAGUCAUUUAUGAAGAUAUUGAAGAGUCCCGGGCCUAAGACGGGACCCACUGCUUACUUCUCUCCAUGUAGACUUGGACCCAUUAAGGACUACUCGCCCUGCCUGUGGCAAACAGAGGAAGCGCCAUAUUAAACCAUAAGCGACAUCAAAAUUAUUUAAAUCCAAAGGUGUUUAAUUUCCCAGUUACAUGUCAAUGUAUGAGAUAACAUCCAAUCUGCAAAUUGAUAGCUACAAAAUGCAACGGCAUCUGGUGAUCUUACUGGUUAGCUCAAUUCUCAUUUGUUGGAAGGAAAAUCCAUCUGGUUUUGUCCCAAGCUGGGAGAAAGACGCUGGAAACAACGUGGAGACUCAUUGGAAAGGAAGUUUAUUGGUGAACAGAACCACACAGAGAGACAGUUCUGGGUCAGCUGAACAAUUAGCUAGAUGAGUGCCAGGAUUUUUAUACGGGUCCUGAAAUGCUGCUUGGUGUGUGUGUGUGUGUGUAUGUGUGUUGUGCAAUGUCUGAAAUUCCCUUAGCAAAUUGUGCAAUGUAGU